CCCAACCUGCCUUGCCGCUGGCCGACUGCCGCCUCCACCCCGGCUAAAACUUCAGCCUCCAGAACCGCAGAGCCCGCCACCGGGGAACGCGGAAAGUGGCUUCCGGGAUGUUGCCAGGGUUACCAGAGCCCCGCCCCCACGCCUUUGCGUACAUCCGGCGAGCCCCUCGGACGCGUCCCAGAACCCGCGCCCGGUGGAUGGCUGGGGCCGUGUUUUCUCUGGUUCUGUUUCCAUCCAGAGAGCGCACUGCAGAGGGCUGAAGGGCGCGCUCGUCAUAAGCCUCGAGAAGUCUCCAAAAGAAACUUUUCUCUGCACGCCAGGCUCCGCAUAUCGCACUUAUUUGCCUUCACUUUUGUUCACUUGCUUAAAAAUAUUUCUUACCACCUACCUGUGUGUCAAACACGCUAGGUUCACUAGGAACUAAAAACAGACCCUGCCCUCAAGAAGUUUACAGCACCCUAGCAGAAAGCUAUUGGUGACAGAAACGGGCACGGUGAAAAUAGUGGCAGAUCUUAGAAAGAAUCGUACAAGCUUGAGAGUGCCGUUACAGGAAUGUUUUGAUUUCUCGGGAAAGCUGAAAUUCAAGGAGGGGCAGACCAUCAAAAGCAUUUCUACAGAGGGAAUUGCCUGCGCAAGGAUGUAUGUCAAAUGGCAGCGGAUGAGUAGAAGUUGAGAGAAAUUUGGUGGUUGUGCUUGGAUUGGAGCCAAGGUGUGCAUAACUUCGCUGAUCAUGUUAAGGACAUUACAGUGAACUUCUUAUUCUUGAUAACUUCCUUUGUAGCCCCUGGCCUUCUAUUGUAAAGAAAGAGCUACACAUGGAUCAACAGAUAUAUAUUCAGAGUCAUCUAGGUGCAAGGAACUGCCUUCUGGGAGUCUCCACUGAUUUGAUGCGGAUGUGUUAAGUCAUCUGGCAAGUUUCCAGCACCCACUUUCCUAAGUGUUGCAGCUGCACAUGUAUAUCACAGCAACAAACAGUCUGAAAAAAGAAGAUCCCUAUUAGUCUUCUUCUGCAGAUGGCAAAUGACCGUGUCUGUAUAACCAUCCACUAUGGCCACCAAAUUCCCAAAACAAUGAAUCUGCCAGAUCUUGAACUGGAGCCUCUAAAACCAUGAGCAAAAACCAAUAUGUGUAUGUUACCACAGGUGCAUGCCUGGUGCCUGAAGCAGCCAGAAGAGAGUGUCAGAUCCCCUGGAAUUGGAGUUAUAGACAUUGUUAAGAUGCCACGUGACUAUUGGGAAUUGAACCUGAGUCCUCUGAAGAACAGCCAGUGUGCCAGUAUGCCUGACUUAUGAAAGCAAUGGCUUCUCCGAAGCAGACGACAUUUACCAUCUUAAGAGAGUUGUCGGGAAAGGCAAGAAGUCUGGAGAUGGGGGAGAAAAGAAAUGAAGGAGGGAAGAACAUAACCAAAAAGAUAAAGGGAGGAAGGAAGACAUGGAUGUGGAGUCAAGUGGAGAACAAGAGGGGUGGAAUUGACUGUGCCAUGGCUCUACUUCGGUGUUAACUGGUGACGGCUGUGCGGGUGCACGUGAACAGCUCCACUGAGAACCUGGACUACCCGGUCCUGGUGGUGGUUCGCCAGCAGAAAGAGGUGCUGUCCUGGCAGGUCCCUCUGCUCUUCCAAGGACUAUACCAACGGAGCUACAACUACCAGGAAGUCAGCCGCACUCUCUGUCCGUCCAAAGCAACCAAUGAGACCGGCCCUUUGGAGCAACUGAUCUUUGUAGAUGUAGCAUCCAUGGCUCCCCACGGUGCCCACUACAAGUUGCUGGUCACCAAAGUCAAAAACUUCCAGCUCCGGACAAAUGUUGCCUUCCGCUUCACUGCCAGCCCCUCUCAGCCUCAGUAUUUUCUGUACAAAUUUCCUGAAGACGUGGACUCCGUUAUCAUUAAGGUGGUGUCUGAGAAGGCUUAUCCGUGUUCGGUUGUCUCGGUUCAGAACAUCAUGUGUCCAGUGUAUGAUCUGGACCACAACGUGGAAUUCAAUGGUGUCUAUCAGUCCAUGACCAAGAAAGCUGCCAUCACGCUCCAGAAGAAGGAUUUUCCAGACGAGCAGUUCUUCGUGGUGUUUGUGAUAAAACCUGAAGAUUACGCGUGUGGGGGAUCAUUCUCCAUCCAGGAAAAUGAAAACCAGACCUGGAACCUGCAACGAUCAAAGAACCUGAAAGUGACCAUUGUCCCGUCCGUUAAAGCAUCUGUGUAUGUGAAAUCCAGUCUUUUCAGUGCAUUCAUUUUCUUGUCCUUCUACGUGGGAUGCCUGCUGGUCAUGCUUGUCCAUCACGUGAGGUUUCAGAGGAAAUCCAUUGACGGAAGCUUUGGUUCCAGUGAUGGCUCUGGAAAUAUGGCCGUGUCGCACCCCAUCACUGCCAGUACACCUGAAGGGAGCAACUACGGGGCAAUAGAUGAGUCGAGUUCCAGUCCUGGAAGACAGAUGUCUCCCUCCGAUGGUGGGCAGCCAUGCCACUCAGACACGGACAGCUCUGUGGAGGAGAGUGACUUCGACACCAUGCCAGAUAUUGAAAGUGACAAAAACGUCAUCCGGACCAAGAUGUUCCUGUACCUGUCAGAUCUGUCCAGGAAGGACCGGAGAAUUGUCAGCAAAAAGUAUAAGAUUUAUUUUUGGAACAUCAUCACCAUCGCCGUGUUUUAUGCCCUGCCUGUGAUGCAGCUCGUUAUCACCUACCAGACAGUGGUAAAUGUCACCGGCAACCAGGACAUCUGUUACUACAACUUCCUCUGUGCCCACCCCUUGGGCGUCCUGAGUGCCUUCAAUAACAUUCUCAGUAACCUGGGCCACGUGCUCCUGGGCUUCCUCUUUCUGCUGAUAGUGUUGCGCCGGGACCUUCUCCAUCGAAGAGCCCUGGAAGCUAAAGACAUCUUUGCUAUGGAGUAUGGGAUUCCCAAACACUUUGGUCUCUUCUAUGCUAUGGGCAUUGCACUGAUGAUGGAAGGCGUGCUCAGUGCUUGUUACCACGUCUGCCCUAAUUACUCCAACUUCCAGUUUGACACUUCCUUCAUGUACAUGAUUGCGGGCCUCUGCAUGCUGAAGCUCUACCAGACCCGCCACCCAGACAUCAAUGCCAGCGCCUACUCUGCCUACGCCUCCUUCGCUGUUGUCAUCACACUUACCGUCCUCGGAGUGGUGUUUGGAAAAAAUGAUGUGUGGUUCUGGGUCAUCUUCUCUGCAAUCCAUAUUCUUGCUUCUCUGGCCCUCAGCACCCAGAUCUACUACAUGGGCCGAUUCAAGAUAGAUGUGUCUGACACAGAUCUGGGAAUCUUCCGGAGGGCUGCUAUGGUGUUCUACACAGAUUGUAUCCAGCAGUGCAGCCGACCUCUGUAUAUGGACAGGAUGGUGUUGCUUAUUGUGGGAAAUCUGGUUAACUGGUCCUUUGCCUUCUUUGGAUUGAUCUACCGGCCCAGGGACUUUGCAUCCUACAUGCUGGGCAUCUUCAUCUGCAACCUGCUGCUGUACCUGGCUUUCUACAUCAUCAUGAAGCUCCGCAGCUCCGAGAAGGUCCUUCUGCUACCACUGUUCUGCAUCGUGGCCACGGCGGUGGUGUGGGCUGCGGCCCUGUACUUUUUCUUUCAGAACCUCAGCAGCUGGGAGGGAACCCCAGCUGAAUCCCGGGAGAAGAACCGGGAGUGUGUCCUGCUGGACUUCUUCGAUGACCACGACAUCUGGCACUUCCUCUCUGCUACUGCCCUGUUUUUCUCAUUCCUGGUGUUGCUGACUCUGGAUGAUGACCUGGAUGUGGUCCGCAGAGACCAGAUCCCUGUCUUCUGAGCCUGCAGCAUUGCAGGAGAAAGCCCGAUCCACCUUGGUGCUGUUUCCUGGAAAAUAGGGUGACUGAAGCAGCAUGCCCACUGCCGGACACUCCGCUCGUCCCAACGGGAGUCCACGGUGUCUGCAUUCACACGGAAAGGCGAGAGCUUGGGGUGAGCUCACCUGGGGAAGAGUGGGAGAAGGGAAGCCCUGCUGUGCGCAGAGGCAAAGCCAGGAGGCUCCAGAACCUCUGUCUGCAACUUCGAGCUCAAUCUAGAUGCAAGCUGCCUCAGGCCUGCUUGCUGCCUCGGCCCCUCCCCUCCUCACUGAGAUCGGCAAGAAACCAGCUAGUUGUACCUCCCACCUAGAACCUUUGCUGUGGUCACUGCCAACCCUGUAAGAUAGAUACCUGCUGCUCUAGAAGCCCAAAACACCAUCUCACUUCCCUGGGUCCUCAGAGGAUGUGAUUCCUCAGAAUAUGGUGCAGAAGUGGGACUGAGUCUCCAUCCAAUUGGGACAGACGUUCUGGUAACUCAAGCUAUUCAGGAGGAAUACUAAACAGUCUCCCAGGUUCCUGGCGCUACUGGAAAUGCUCAGGAUGGGACUUUGUCAUGCACGCUCUGAUCGGGUCACCAUUGCUGGCCCCAAAGUCUAGGGAUCACCUAUUUCCUAGUGUCUUCACCUCACCACGGGAUGUUUACCCGGCACUCUGAAGCGGCCUUCUCAGAAGGGCCCUCUUUCUCCAUAGAUUUCUGACAGCUCCAAGAUGAAUGAGAAAGGGAGAAAACUCUACAGCAGAAGUGAGAGAGCUCCAUCCGUGCGUGCGUGCGUGCGUGCGUGCGUGCGUGCGUGCGUGCGUACACAGCCUUGGCAGGGAAAUCAGCGUUCCCGGCGGCAUUACCCCAGGGUCCUCCACAGUUGAGCCUCUCACCGGUCACUUACGGAGCUGUAACUCUGGCUGGACAUGUGUUCCUCCUCAACGUGGGUCCAGGAGCUCAUAGUUAAUCCAGCUGCCUCGAAUUGCAUCUCCCUAGUCUGAUGUAAAACAGCUCAGUGCUCUAGUUCCUCCUCUCACAUCAUCUGACAAACCCCGCGAGAAGCCUCAUUUUGACCAGGCUUCCUGGUUGCCUGGAGUACGGUGUCACCAGAAAACAGACGUACAAGUGUGUGUACACAUGCCUACUUGCUUGUGAACUUGAAGUCUCUCCUCACCCGUGCUUUCUUGAUCACUUAUGAAGGAAACGGACCAGGCAUUCCUCUUUUUAAACGUUAUUAUUCUUUCUCUCAAAUAUCUGCAUACUGUUUGAACAUGUGCUUUGGAAGUUUGAACAGUGAGCUUUCCUUGAUUUUAAAAAUGCAAAGAUAAUUUCCACGAA